AUGAUUGGAAUGGGGUUAAAAAUAAGAACGGUAGCAAUUGCUGAAAAGAUCCAUGUGUUAAAUGAUUCAAUUGUAUUUUCAUGUGCCGGAUUUUACGGCGAUAUUCUGCAGCUGAAGCGAUUGUUGGAGGGCCGUUUACACAAGCAUCGAUUUGAUUAUCGUGGGGUUAUGACCAUAGAUUUAUGCGCCGAAUUAUUAUCACGAAAUUUGUAUUAUCGACUUUUUUUUUCGUAUUAUACCGGUGCAAUAUUACCGGUAUUGAUGAGCUAUGAUCCCAUUGGGUGCAUUGAACAUAUCGCGUACACUGCUUCUGGUAGCGCUGAACCAAUGAUUAUGCCGUUUUUCGAUUACCGGAUUGCUUUGGUAACAAUGUCUGGUGAUGUGGAGAAGCCGCUUUUGAUAAUUGAACGAGCUACAUCACUUAUAAAAGAUGCUUUUUGUGUAGCAGCAGAACGCGAAAUAAGCACAAGAGAUAAGAUACAUUUGAUUAACGGAAAAUUCUGUCGCAGAUAA